UCCCAGGGCCUGCUGGGUCCCAUGGGGCCCUGGCUCCCACGUGUCCAUCCGAUGGGGAAACUGAGGCACGGAGCUGGACAGUGACCCAGACACCAGGAGCCACGCGGCGUGGAGCACGGGGCUCAGGCCUGCCCAGCUGACUCAGGGUGCAAGUCCUCUAAAAAUCCUGGGCAGGGUCUUCACAGAGGUCUUCAGGAUGUCAUAUUUUGGAGAGCAUUUUUGGGGAGAGAAAAACCAUGGCUUUGAGGUCUUGUACCACAGCGUGAAGCAGGGACCUGUCUCAACCAAGGAGCUGGCUGACUUCAUCCGGGAGAGGGCCACCAUCGAGGAGACCUACUCAAAGGCAAUGGCAAAACUUUCCAAGCUGGCCAGCAACGGGACCCCCAUGGGGACCUUCGCCCCACUCUGGGAGGUCUUCCGUGUGUCCUCCGACAAGCUAGCGCUGUGCCACCUGGAGCUGACCCGCAAGCUGCAGGACCUCAUCAAGGAUGUGCUCCGCUAUGGGGAGGAACAGCUCAAGACCCACAAGAAGUGCAAGGAGGAAGUGGGGGGCACCCUGGAUGCUGUUCAGCUGCUCGCCGGGGUCACCCAGCUGGUGCCCAAGUCCCGCGAGAACUACCUGAGCCGCUGCGUGGACCUGGAGCGGCUGCGCCGGGAGAACCCCAGCCAGAAGGAGGUGGACAAGGCGGAAACCAAAGCCAAGAAGGCAGCCGAGAGCCUGCAGCGCUCCGUGGAGAAGUACAACUCGGCCCGGGCUGACUUCGAGCAGAAGAUGCUGGACUCCGCACUGCGCUUCCAAGCCAUGGAGGAGACCCACCUGCGGCACAUGAAGGCGCUGCUGGGCUCCUACGCCCACUCCGUGGAGGACACGCACGUGCAGAUCGGGCAGGUGCACGAGGAGUUCAAACAGAACAUCGAGAACGUCAGCGUGGACAUGCUGCUCCGGAAGUUUGCUGAGAGCAAAGGCACUGGCCGCGAGAAGCCAGGGCCCCUGGACUUCGAGGCAUACAGUGCAGCCACCCUGCAGGAAGCAAUGAAGCGACUGCGGGGAGCCAAGGCCUUUCGCCUGCCAGGACUAAGCCGGAGGGAUCGGGAACCUCGUGCACCUGCAGAUUUCCUCGAGCCUGAUUCAGGGAUGUGUCCAGAGGUAGAUGAAGAAGGUUUCACAGUCCGGCCGGACGUGAGCCAGAACAGCACGGCCGAGCCGUCUCGCUUUUCAUCCAGUGACUCCGACUUCGAUGACGAGGAGCCUAGAAAGUUCUACGUGCACAUCAAGCCCGCCCCGGCUCGGGCCCCGGCCUGCAGCUCGGAGGCGGCGGCGGCGGCGCAGCUCCGGGCCACCGCCGGCAGCCUCAGCCUCCCUCCGGGCCCAGGGGGCACCAUGAAGCGCCACUCGGCCCGCGACACAGCCGGGAGACCACAGCGGCCCCGCUCGGCCCCACGCACCACCAGCUGCGCCGAGAAGCUGCCGCCCUCUGAGGAGCAGGUGUCCAAGAGCCUCUUCGGGCCGCCCCUGGAGUCAGCCUUUGACCACGAGGACUUCACAGGCUCCAGCAGCCUGGGCUUUACCUCCAGCCCCUCCCCCUUCUCCUCCUCCUCACCGGAGAACGUGGAGGACUCUGGUUUGGACUCUCCAUCCCAUGUAGCUACUGGCCCCUCCCCAGAUUCCUGGGUCCCCCACCCCAGCACCCCACAAAGCCCACCCAGCUGUAGGGCGCAGCCCCCGGACUCCAGGGCAGCCAAGGUCCCACCACCACCAGACUCACCGCAACCCCUGGCACCAUCACCAGGACCGUGGGGGCUGGAGGCGGGAGGAGAACUGACACCCACAGAUUCCAUAGCCAGGGAGGCCCUGGCAGCCCCACCCCGGAGACCACGCUCCAGGAAGGUGUCCUGUCCCCUCACCCGAAGCAACGGCGACCUGUCCCGGUCUCUGAGCCCCUCCCCGCUGGGCUCCUCAGCCCCUAGCACGGCCCUGGACCGGCCACACUUCUCAUCCCAGACUGCACACGGAGUCUCCAGAGGCCCCAGCCCUGUAGUCCUGGGCUCCCAGGACGCGCUGCCUGUGGCCACUGCCUUCACCGAGUAUGUCCAUGCCUACUUCCGUGGCCACAGCCCUAGCUGUGUGGCUCGGGUCACUGGAGAGCUGACCAUGACCUUCCCAGCCGGCAUUGUGCGGGUCUUCAGCGGGACCCCGCCUCCACCUGUGCUCAGCUUCCGGCUCAUCCACACGACUGGCAUUGAGCACUUCCAGCCCAACGCGGACCUGCUCUUCAGUGACCCAUCCCAGAGCGACCCAGAAACCAAAGACUUCUGGCUCAACAUGGCCGCUCUGACUGAGGCCCUGCAGCGCCAGGCAGAGCAGAACCCCACGGCCUCCUACUACAACGUGGUGCUGCUGCGAUACCAGUUCUCCCGCCCGGGCCCCCAGGCGCUUCCUCUGCAGCUGCGUGCGCACUGGCAGUGCGGGGCGGCACUCACGCAGGUGACAGUGGAGUACAGCUACCGUUCCGGCGCCACGGCUGUGCCCACGCCGCUCUCCAACGUCCACAUCCUGCUGCCCGUGGGAGAGCCCGUCACCAAUGUGCGCCUACAGCCCGCUGCUACCUGGAGCCUGGAUGAAAAACGAUUCACGUGGAAGCUUCCAGAUGUGUCGGAGGCAGGGGGCUCCGGCCGCCUCUCUGCUAGCUGGGAGCCACUGUCAGGGCCCAGCACUCCCAGCCCUGUUGCUGCACAGUUCAUGAGUGAAGGGGUCACGCUGUCGGGCGUCGACGUGGAGCUGGUGGGCGGCGGCUACCGCAUGUCCCUGGUGAAGAGGAGGUUCGCCACAGGGAUGUACCUCGUGAGCUGCUGAGCGUCGUCCCAGCUCCACGCUGAAUCCUGGUGCUCACGGACCGGACGCAGGGUCCCGCUGUCCCAGGGGAUCCAUGGAGAGGAGCUGCCCGCCCCACACCACGUUGGCAGAACGAGAUCGCUCCUCUCCCUCAUGCCAACCCCACGCAGGUCCCGGCCUUUUAAUGUUCUUUGAAUAAACACUUUAUUUUCUAACAAAAUAAAA